AUGUCUGCCGAGGUCGAGAAAGCCACUCAGCAGGCCGAAUCUGCUGGCCCGCCUGUCGCCGCCGCGACUAGCGCCGCAGAGAUUCCGGCACCCCAUUUGCCCCAGAAACAAGACGAGGCCGAACCAGCAGAGCCCCUACCCAGCGGCGGAGUUGGGGGUGCGGUUCCGGACCCGAGCGCGCCGCAGGAAAAGACUGAGCCGACAUCUGCUGAUAAGCCUGCAGAAUCCGGCGAGCCGGCCGCGCUGCCGACGGCACCCGUGGUGGGGGAUUCCGAGCAAACUAACGGCGCCGCCAAACCGGCCGUGGCCGAGCCAGUGGCCGCCGCGGCCGCCGCAGCCGCUGCAGCAGAGACCUCGACAGAACCCGUCCCCGCCACAACCGAAACACCCGGCGCCAACGGCGAAACCAAACCGGCUGAAGACGUUGACAUGGAAGGCAGCGCCCCGGUCGCGGACGCCACCACCGCAACAGACGAAGACAGCACCGCAGCCAAUUCCAAGAAGCGCAACGCCGAAACCGCGCUUGGCCCCGACGCCCACGCCGAGGGCGACGCAGCAGGUGGCAAAAAGGCCAAGACCACCGUCAGCGCGGCGGAGACGGCCACGGCCACGGCCGGGUUCGCCCCUGGCGCCAAGCCGGAGGAGGCCAAGACGGAGGCCAAGACGGAGGCCAAGACGGAGGAGGCAAAAUCACCGGCGGAGACCAACGGCGGCGGAGCUGGAGCCGGGACUGGGGCUGGAGCUGGGGCGAAACCCGCCGACCCUGCUGCCGCCCCACCAGCUCCUCCUGCUCCCCCUGCCAAGAAAGGGGGCCGGCCGAAGAAGCAGCCUGGUAAGGUCGCUGCCGCCGCGGCGGCGCUGAUGGGGAAGACGGCGCGCAAGACGAGGAGCCAGGGGCCGGUGGAGCUCUGA